CUGAUUUAGGUUGUUUGUCAUUCAAGUAACUGUGAUUUCAUUUACACCAGAACAAUGAUCUACUCCCACUGUGAUUUCACUUUUUCACCAUUUCAACUUGUCCUUGGGUCUGCUAUUUCUUGUGAGUUAAGCAAUGAUAGCAAACCAGAAGCUAAAGUUCCUUCCUUCAGUGGCAGCAAGGCAAGGCAGGCAUCCUUCUGAAGCAAGGCAAGGGUUUGAAGUUUCAACCAAACGGGUUGUUCCCGCCGUCACCCCCAACCGACCGUCGCUCUUCCUUCCUUCCCUGCCUGGCGCCGGCUUCCGCUGCGUCAAGUCUCCGAUGGAAACGCCGCAACGCAAUUCAUCGUCUUCCUCCUCUCAAUCGCGAAACCCUACCGUCACCAGCUCCUCGCCGCUGCCGCCGCCGUCGUCCAUUUUGCGCCUUUGGAGACCAGCGGCGCAACGGAACCUGAGGAACCAAUGGUCGAAGCUGGCUUCCUGCCGCUCAGAAUGGGUGACGUCUUCCUCCGCCGGGAGAUCGCACGCCACCUCACUUGUCAACGCACAUCUCUCUCGAAAAUACAUGCCAUCGAUGGAGCUCGGAGUUGUCAGUGACAUGCCAGCUAUUCGAGAGAAAGCCUCUUCCAAGCUGUCUAAACAGCAGGAGCUUCACCGAACCAAACUUUUGUCAUCCUACAAACUUCUGCUGGGAGUAACAGCUCAAAUGGUAGCGACCAGUAAAUCCAUGAGAUGCUAUUCGAAUACAGCAAGUAGUAGUAGUUCAAUUGUACAAUUUUCCACCAACAGCUCCAUGGAUAACGAUGACAGGGGAGAUGGUGGUGAGAUCCCAGUGUUCUUGUUUUGGUCAGUCUCACUUUUCGAGCACUUGGCAGAUGAGCUUGUUCAGAUGUUCAUAUCUGAACUGAUGAUCAAGCGCCUGAUUGUUGUAGAGCUACUUAGUAGUGUCAGUAGCGAAGCCCCCAAAGGCGAGGAAGUAUGGUGCUGGUCGAAUGAGCUUUACCCCGGAGAAUUUGAACAACUAAGGUUAUGCAACCUGUACCCCUCUGAUGAAACUGAUCAACAACCAAUUCGACCGAGAUUGAUAGAGUUGAAAUCCACCUUCACCAAUUCCAAAAUACAAUAUGAGGGUCAACCAAACAACUUGGAGACUUUGCAGGUCUAUUUGACAACAUGGCUCUGCGAGGUGAAUAUGGACUGCAACAGGAUAGAUGAUAUUUUCGCAAUAGUCGGAGAGGAGAUGCACGUCAACCUUUUAUGACAGUAUUUUCUGCUGCGUGCACCAGCAUGAGCCAGGAUGAAGAACAAGGGGUAGAGGAAACAUAACAAGAAUAUCUGUGUAAACUUCAUUAUUAAGUUGCUCUCGACUGUGAUAAUAGGAGGCAUACAUUUGGCUUUCGAGGCCUUGUUUGAACUAUGUGGCUGACGAGGUCAUAGUAAAGCAUUUUGACACCAUUAGGAAGCCAUCAAGUGUUUGGCUGUUUGCUCACAAGAGACAACGGCUGUAAAUUUCUGCAGCAGUCCAUAGAAGCCAUCUAUAUAAACAAACUCGGGAUGC